AUGCGUCCCGGCCGCGUCAGGAGCGCCCACGCUCUCAGCGCACGCGCACGCGCUCUCAGACGCGCCGCGUCGGUCCUCGGCGUCGUCCUCGCGUGCGCGUGCGCGCGAAGAUUAGUGGCUCACUCGCCGAGCGCUUCGGCGACCAAGCUCGUGCUCGACGAAGAGCCGACGCGCGAUUACGUCGUUAACGCGCGCGAGGUCGGGACCGGAGUAUGCGGUGCGACGACGGGCACGAGUACCGAGCUCGACGGCGCGGUCGUGCGGUGGGGAUCGGAACAUGUGGUCGCCGACGCAACCGCGUGCUGCGAAGCGUGCUCAGACGCGAGUGGGUGCAACGUCUGGGUGUGGUGCUCGGACGCGGACGGGUGCGGUGGCGAUCGUAAGUUCGGUGAGUGUUGGUUGAAAAAGAGGACCGACGCGGCGAAGGCGAUGAGCGCGGCGUUGGUUCGGCGUGAUCGGUCACGUUGGACCUCUGGCGCUUUGUUCUCGGAGGCCGAGGCGACGGAAGCGGCAGCCGAGGCGCGGUUGUUGGAGACGGCGAGAGCAGCGGUCAGGGACGCCAAGGGCAACCAAAGAGUCUAUUUGGACGUUGCGAUCGAUGAGGAGCCGGCGAAGCGAAUCGAGUUCGUGUUGUACGCCGAGGUCAGUCCGCUCGCUAGCGAAAAUUUUAGAAGAAUGUGCGCUCUCGAGCCGAGUGCCGAGUACACGUGGGUAGGCUCUAAAUUUUACAGAAUUCUAGAUAGGUUCAUAGAUCAGACGGGUCCACAAGGCAUCACUGGGAGCGCGGUGAAUCCUAACGGGACCUUUGACGACGACAAAGGCGGUUUACAGCUCAAGCAUGACCGUCCGGGAUUGCUCUCAGUCGCGAACGCUGGACCAAACACGAACACGGGUCACUUUAGCAUAGUCAUGGCCCCGGCCCCACAUUUGGAUGGUUCGUACGUCAUUUUUGGAGAGGUUGUGAGCGGGCUCGAGCACGCAUGGGCCAUAAACGCACUUGCAACAGAGAGCGGCGACCCGUCGCCGCGCGUCGCCCGCAUCACCGCUGCCGGUGUUCUCGAGACCUCUUCUUAA